AUGGCUCGUAUCGCUUGGGACGACGAUGGAGAUGUGUCAAGCAUUUCCAGUGGUGACUCUGUUGACACCUUGUCCCCUUCUGACUUUGAAGUACUCGACAUAGACGAGCCAAUGUCUUUGUUUGAGACGGGUAUAAUGACUCCAACCGACUCGUCCUUCUCGUUUACUCCACCUGCAACACCUUCCACUCAAUCAGACUUCUCUGCACAAGAGAGAUGGGAUGACCUUGUCAUCACAUACCGUCAAGCCGUCAAUCAUGUUCGACAACUUGAGGAUGAAAUGAUCGACCUCCGCUAUCGCAGCCUCCAGCCACACAUUAGCGUGGACUUUGAAGGAUCUGAUGUCCACCGGCAAUCCCAGCCACUGCUUGCUAUGCAAACCCAAUAUGACAUGAAUGACGACAUGCAACCCUCUCGGAUGUGGAACGGCACUCAUGUCACGCCUAACCUUUUACCGGGAGCCCACCAACUCAACCUGGAGCUGAGUGAGGCGAUGGAACUCUCUAUUGUGCAACUCGAUACUCUAAGUGGGAAGAAGACCAUGAUCAGUUUGACUACUAAGUCCAAUGGGGCGAACAUUAAACAAUUAUUGGGAUUCUGGGAGUUCAGUAUGCCGUUGGAGAUGUAG